AUGGCCGCGCCGCGCCUCGCUCUUGUCAUGUCGCCCGCGCUGCUGCACCCCAGCUCGGCCUUCAGCUCGCCCCUCGACCCCGGAGAGCAAGGCCAGAGCCUCCAGGACCGGCUCAGCCGCUCCCUCUCCUGGACCCCAAAGCCCCUGUCCAUGGUGCUGAGCCGCCGGCGCCUCCAGCGCCUCUUGUCCGCUCUCACAGCGCCGGUGCCCCUGGUGCCCCUCAUCCGCUCUCACAGCGCCGGCGCCUCCAGCGCCUCUUGUCCGCUCUCACAGCGCCGGCGCCUCCAGCGCCUCUUGUCCGCUCUCACAGCGCCGGCGCCCCUGGUGCCCCUCAUCCGCUCUCACAGCGCCGGUGCCCCUGGUGCCCCUCAUCCGCUCUCACAGCGCCGGCGCCUCCAGCGCCUCUCAUCCGCUCUCACAGCGCCGGCGCCCCUGGUGCCCCUCAUCCGCUCUCACAGCGCCGGUGCCCCUGGUGCCCCUCAUCCGCUCUCACAGCGCCGGCGCCUCCAGCGCCCCUCAUCCGCUCUCACAAUGCCGGUGCCCCUGGUGCCCCUCGUCCGCUCUCACAGCGCCGGCGCCUCCAGCGCCUCUCGUCCGCUCUCACAGCGCCGGCGCCCCUGGUGCCCCUCGUCCGCUGUCACAGCGCCGGCGCCCCUGGUGCCCCUCGUCCGCUCUCACAGCGCCGGCGCCUCCAGCACCUCUCGUCCGCUCUCACAGCGCCAGCGCCUCUCGUCCGCUCUCACAGCGCCGGCGCCCCUGGUGCCCCUCGUCCGCUCUCACAGCACCGGCGCCUCCGGCGCCCCUCGUCCGCUCUCACAAUGCCGGUGCCCCUGGUGCCCCUCAUCCGCUCUCACAGCGCCGGCGCCUCCAGCGCCUCUCAUCCGCUCUCACAGCACCGGCGCCUCCAGCGCCCCUCAUCCGCUCUCACAAUGCCGGCGCCCCUUGUGCCCCUCGUCCGCUCUCACAGCGCCGGCGCCCCUGGUGCCUCUCAUCCGCUCUCACAGCGCCGGCACCUCCAGCGCCUCUCGUCCGCUCUCACAGCGCCGGCGCCUCCAGCGCCUCUCAUCCGCUCUCACAGCGCCGGCGCCCCUGGUGCCCCUCAUCCGCUCUCACAGCGCCGGUGCCCCUGGUGCCCCUCAUCCGCUCUCACAGCGCCGGCGCCUCCAGCGCCCCUCGUCCGCUCUCACAAUGCCGGUGCCCCUGGUGCCUCUCGUCCGCUCUCACAGCGCCGGCGCUUCCAGCACCUCUCGUCCGCUCUCACAGCGCCGGCGCCCCUGGUGCCCCUCAUCCGCUCUCACAGCGCUGGCGCCUCCAGCGCCUCUCGUCCGCUCUCACAGCGCCGGCGCCUCCAGCGCCCCUCGUCCGCUCUCACAAUGCCGGUGCCCCUGGUGCCUCUCGUCCGCUCUCACAGCGCCGGCGCCUCCAGCGCCUCUCGUCCGCUCUCACAAUGCCGGCGCCCCUUGUGCCCCUCGUCCGCUCUCACAGCGCUGGCACCUCCAGCGCCUCUCGUCCGCUCUCACAGCGCCGGCGCUUCCAGCACCUCUCGUCCGCUCUCACAGCGCCGGCGCCCCUGGUGCCCCUCAUCCGCUCUCACAGCGCUGGCGCCUCCAGCGCCUCUCGUCCGCUCUCACAGCGCCGGCGCCUCCAGCGCCCCUCGUCCGCUCUCACAAUGCCGGUGCCCCUGGUGCCUCUCGUCCGCUCUCACAGCGCCGGCGCCUCCAGCGCCUCUCGUCCGCUCUCACAAUGCCGGCGCCCCUUGUGCCCCUCGUCCGCUCUCACAGCGCUGGCACCUCCAGCGCCUCUCGUCCGCUCUCACAGCGCCGGCGCCUCCAGCGCCCCUCGUCCACUCUCAAAAUGCCGGCGCCCCUGGUGCCCCUCGUCCGCUCUCACAGCGCCGGCGCCCCUGGUGCCCCUCGUCCACUCUCACAGCGCCGGCGCCUCCAGCGCCUCUCGUCCGCUCUCACAGCGCCAGCGCCUCUCGUCCGCUCUCACAGCGCCGGCGCCUCCGGCGCCCCUCGUCCGCUCUCACAGCGCCGGUGCCCCUGGUGCCCCUCAUCCACUCUCACAGCGCCGGCGCCUCCAGCGCCUUUCGUCCGCUCUCACAGCGCCGGUGCCUCCAGCGCCUCUCAUCCGCUCUCACAGCGCCGGCGCCUCCAGCGCCCCUCGUCCGCUCUCACAAUGCCGGCACCCCUUGUGCCCCUCGUCCGCUCUCACAGCGCCGGCGCCUCCAGCGCCCCUCGUCCGCUCUCACAAUGCCGGCACCCCUUGUGCCCCUCGUCCGCUCUCACAGUGCUGGCACCUCCAGCGCCUCUCGUCCGCUCUCACAGCGCUGGCGCCUCCAGCGCUCCUCGUCCGCUCUCACAGCGCCGGUGCCUCCAGCGCCUCUCGUCCGCUCUCACAGCGCCGGUGCCUCCAGCGCCUCUCGUCCGCUCUCACAGCGCCGGUGCCUCCAGCGCCUCUCGUCCGCUCUCACAGCGCUGGCGCCUCCAGCGCCCCUCGUCCGCUCUCACAAUGCCGGCACCCCUUGUGCCCCUCGUCCGCUCUCACAGCGCCGGCGCCUCCAGCGCCCCUCGUCCGCUCUCACAAUGCCGGUGCCCCUGGUGCCUCUCGUCCGCUCUCACAGCGCCAGCGCCUCCAGCGCCUCUCGUCCGCUCUCACAGCGCCGGCGCCUCCAGCGCCCCUCGUCCGCUCUCACAAUGCCGGUGCCCCUGGUGCCUCUCGUCCGCUCUCACAGCGCCGGCGCCUCCAGCGCCUCUCGUCCGCUCUCACAAUGCCGGCGCCCUCGCCCACGGCUCCAUCGUCCGCUCUCACGCUGCCCUCGCCCCCGGCUCCCUCGUCCGCUCCCACGGCGCCCUCCCACCCAGUGCCCUUCGUCCGCUCUCACGGCGCCCUCCUCACCCAGUGCCCUUCGUCCGCUCUCACGCUGCCCUCACCCCGGCUCCCUUGUCCGCUCUCACGCUGCCCUCACCCCCGGCUCCCUUGUCCGCUCUCACGCUGUCCUCGCCCCCGGCUCCCUCGUCCUUUCCCACGGCGUCCUCGUCCCCGGCUCCCUCGUCCACUCCCACGCUGCCCUCGCCCCCGGCUCUCUCGUCCGCUCCCACGCUGCCCUCGCCCCCGGCUCUCUCGUCCGCUCCCACGGUGCCCUCACCCCCGGCUGCCUUGUCCGCUCUCAUGCUACCCUCACCCCCCGGCUCCCUCGACUGCUCCCAUGGCGCCAUUGCCCCUGGCUCCCUUGUCCGGGCCUGUGUGACAUACUGCUGA